UAAUCAUGUCGGAUAAAGAUGAUUCUGAGACUCCAGUUAUAACUGAAGCAACCCCUAUUCCUGAUGAAGAGAACUGUGAGCCAGGAAAGGAUUCUGAGUCUUUUGACCAAAGCAACAAACUAGAGAGUAAAUCAGAACCUGUAGUUUCUACUCAAAGACCAGAGACCAGAUCUUUCAGUGAUUCAGAGACUUCAGAAGUUCUCCCUGUUCAGGAGCCUGUUACCAAAGAGAUAUCUCAGACUGGAUGGGGUUACUGGGGCAGCUGGGGCAAGUCUUUACUUUCCUCAGCCUCAGCUACAGUAGCAACAGUAGGACAAGGUAUUUCAAAUGUCAUUGAGAAGGCAGAGACUUCCCUUGGAAUCCCAAAUCCCAGUGAAAUUUCAACUCAAGUCCAGUAUGCAUCAGGAGAGACAAAUGCCAAAGAAAAUGAAAAUGUCUCCCCAGUGGCUAGGCCAUUUGGUGUGUUCUCUACCAUCUCUACUGCUUUUCAGAGCACAGGAAAGAGCGUUAUAAGUGGGGGUUUGGAUGCCUUAGAAUUCAUUGGGAAAAAGACAAUGGAUGUAAUAGCAGAAGGAGAUCCUGGAUUUAAAAAAACCAAGGGUCUGAUGAACAGGAAUUCUACAUUGUCUCAGGUUUUGCGAGAGGCAAAGGAGAAAGAAGAGCUGCAGACCUCCAAAGAGGUUACCAUGGAAACAGACAAGAAAACUCAUUAUGGGCUACUCUUUGAUGAAUUUCAAGGCCUUUCUCAUCUAGAAGCUCUGGAGAUGCUUUCCCGAGAAAGUGAAAUAAAGGUGAAAUCUAUUCUUAAUUCUCUGAGUGGAAAAGAAUUAGAAACUCUAACACUUGAAUUAGAGCAACUCAAAGAAGCUUUUUCCCUAGCAGAGUUCUGUGAGGAAGAAGAAGAAGAGAAAAAAGGGGAUGAAGACUUUACCAAAGAAAUCACAGAGCUCUUUUCCCAGCUGCACAUCUCCUCCAAACCAGAGAAACUGGCCAGAGCAAGAAAUACUGCCUAUGAACGGAUCGAGACAUCUCUGACCAAGCCAUUAGCAGAGAAUGAAGAAAGGGGAAAAUACUUAGAAAUGGAAAAUACUGAGCAAGUCAAUAAAAAUUCAAUAGAGGAUAUCCAUGCAUUUGCAAUCCAGAGCCUAGCAGAACUGACUGCCUGCUCAAUUGAAUUGUUUCACAAAACAGCAGCAUUGGUUCUACAUGGUCAGAAGCAGGAAGCGACAGCCAUAGAGAGGAGCCGAGCCCUUUCCCAGAUGACAGUUGUACUGUGUAAAGAAUUGUCUAUUCUGUCCAAAGAGUUUACCACCUACCUAACAAAUGCUGGGGUCAAAGAAAAGGCAGAUGUUCUUAACCCGGUAAUCACUGCGGUAUUUCUAGAGGCAUCAAACAGUGCUUCCUAUAUCCAGGAUGCCUUUCAGCUCCUCUUACCUGUGCUGGAGAUCUCUCUUAUUGAGAGCAAGACUGAAUCACAUAGGCAUGAGCUGCAGGUCCAGUGGCCUUUGUUAGAACAUUGA